AUGGCCAACGUGGACGCAAGGCUUUCCACGUCCCCAUCCACCACUAGCAGAUCCGCAGGCGCAGAGCCCAACUCUUCAGCUCAGCGAGAUCAUCACCCAGACCCCAAAUCUGUUCCAAGGAGACCUUCGCCUUUUGAUCUGUACACAUCGUCUGCUGCGACUGCUUCCACAUCCUCUGCUGCCGUCAAGGUUGAAAGUGAUGACAGAAGGCAAGUUGCAGCUCACGCUGCAGCGGAAGAGGCCAAUAGCGAACAAAGUAGGUACUUGAAGAGGAAAGAGCAGAACAGGUUGGCCCAGAGGAGACAUCGCGAGAAGCAGCGUCAAGACAUUGAAGCCAAGAGACGGCGUAAGAGCGACAGUGGUGAAAGCAGCGGUCAAGAAGCCGAAGACGUGCCUCAGGCAAUACCGCCUGCGUCCCAUGGACGGACAGCAGAGCAUGCUGAAGCUCCUUCAGGGCGCAGGAGGAUGCGGAAGAGGCGGGUAGUCGAGGGGGCAGCCAUGUCACCUGCUUCCUUUGCCUUUGAUGCUGCGUCUGUCAAUCCCGGGGCCAGCUCAGCGUUCACGUACGUAAAUGGUGGCUCGGCUUCCCAGGCGCAAUUGACGCAACAAGGUAGUCUUCCUGAUGCCCUCUAUCCGGAUCUAUCUGCAUCUUCCGUACCUGGCGAAGCCCGUUUGAGCCUCUCUACUCCGACAUCCGGGACCGCAUCCACACCCUCAUACGAUGCUCAACGCGGCUUCUACGAUGAUAGCUCGCGUCAGACGGCCGCUUCUUCCUUUGCGGUUGACGGAAGCGUCCCAUGGCCGGAGAACACACCCUGGGAUUGGCCUAAUGCCGGAACACUGAGCGCAGGAUCUCAGCCAAUCUCCGGCAGCAUAUCUAGACCACCGGAGCAAGUACAGCUCCCCAUCGCCCAUCAUCCGUCUCAGCACGAUUCCGCCCUUCAAUCAUGGCAGAUAAAUGGCAAUACGGCGACGACACAGAAUGAUCACUACCGGAUACAAAGAAAUCAAGAACAGGCCAUGCGCCACUUUGUUUCCCUUGUUUCUCAGUCGAUCCCAUGGAUGGAUCAUCUCCUCGCACCUAGGUGGGAUAUGAUCAAGGUUCUCAAGCAGGCUGCAGAGCAGCUUGGACUGAUGCAAGACUAUCUAGAGGAAGAUGAGUCGAUUUCCUUCCUUGACGGUGACUACCGAGUUGCCUCUAGGAACUCCAUCAGUGCGAUAGAUGAUCAGCAGGACAUACCCUCAGCGGACAUCCAAGCGCACGCUGGCGAACAAGUACACCCUUCACCCGAGAAGACCGACUGGCGACUUUCUCAGCCAGCAGAUGCUACGGGGGGAAGCACCGGUGUGACGAUAAGCGUGCUCCGAUGGACAGGAUGGCCGUCGAACAUGAAGCCUUCCAGGCUUUCCGGCGUCGUACCGCAUCAUCCGUUCUUGGAUCUCGCUUUCCCCUGGCCCAACCUACGGGACAAGGUCUUCGCCGCCAUUGCAUGCGACUUCCUCAUCGAGAAGCGCUUCUGUGACGACGUCUGGCCAGGCCAACCGGUCGAGGACGGUGCUUUUCCCGAACCGCCCUAUACCGUGCACGGAGAUGAUGCUUUUGACCCCGCAGGCUACGAGAUCUCCAACCGCUUCGCCCUGCGCUACGGUCCGCUACUCGACGCCUCCAUCUUCCGCAGGACGAAUUGGUGGAGGAGACAGCAGGGCAAAGAGGAGCUGCCGCGGUCCAUCUUGGACCUGGCAAAUUACUUUGAGACCUUCUUCGCAGCGCAGAUUCGCCAUUUAUUGCAACCAGCACAUCACCCCGCGCCGAUGAGACCGCCUGUGUCGCUACCGUGGCCUCUGCAGCUGUUGGGUAGCGGGACGUCCAUGCUGAAUGGUCAAACGCAGACGAUGCCGAUUCAAGAGCUCCAUUAA